AUGCGCAGACCAGCGCUCUUUAGAUUUGUUCGUCAACUGCUGCGAGCUGCAGCAAGUAGAUUUGCAGGCCCUUCAAACGCACAACCAACAGAAGGCCUUCUUUCUGAAUUUGUAUCACCUCACGCACAGGCUAGCGCUCCUCCAGGUCAGCCGAGAGGGAGCACUUGUCUUGCCUCCAGGACCGCGCAGCCAACGCCCUUUAAGAAAUUGGCUCAAGAAGCUUGUCGCCCUCGCUUGUGCGCGCCUGUUGCAGCAGCUCGGUGUGCCCGAGGGCCUUUACCAGCGCCUCCGCCUACUCAAUUGCGCGGGGGUGUGCGUAGGAGGAUUUCGGUUGAACCUUUUAGAAAUCUUCCACGGAGUUCUUCGUUGCAACAAGCGGCCCCCCCUUGGGCUCCACAAGCCUUUCCACUAGAUCCACGGAUUCACUUCGCUUUGAAUUUCGGAACGCCAAGACCGCGACUGCGCAUCUACCAUCCCGAAAUCUUGGAUGUCUGUGGCUGCUUACGCUUCAUGGCUGUUGGCAUAGGGGGCUCUGCCUGCUCUCUGUGCUGCACUGCUGCCGACACCGAUCCGAAAAACUUCCAAUUUGCUGAUGGCGGCCGCUCAUUGCGGCUCUCGCAGCUUCUCGAAACGUUUCAGGGGGAUUUCGGUUCGACACAGAGAGAGGCGAUUGCGUAUCUUUUACCGUUUUUGAAUGGUUCGGAAUCUGAAAUGCUGCGGCAGCUGCUGCAAAUGGAAGGCCCCCGCAGCAGCAGGGGGAGCAGCGGCGGCAUAGCGGAGGCGGUGGUUGGAGGGUUCUUGAGACUUUUCGGCGGAUUGAAAGUCUCGUAUUCGCCAGUAGAUUGGCAGUCUCCCUUUCUCCCGCACAAGCCUUUCGACUCACGGGGGCACAUCCUCUAA